AUGGCUUUGGAUCUCAGAAUCUGGUGUCAAGGUGAACCAUCCAGGAAUGAUCAUGAGUCAGAAAACCUAGAGCUCAAACCUAGCCAAGGACCUGCCAUCCAGCAGGGAGAAGGGAUCUCCAGGUUUCCGGGCACUGAGCUGAGCUUAUUUCAAAACAGCAAUAACUUGUGUGCAAGGCAGGAACUACAAAGGCUCUAUAAGUCAUUUCACACAUGGCUGCAGCCAGAACAACACAGCAAGGAUGAAAUUAUUUCUUGUUUGGUGCUGGAACAGUUUAUGAUCAAUAGGCACUGCAGUGGCAGGUCCGUGCUGAAGGAGAAAUGGGAAGCAAGUGGCAGAAACCUGGAGACAUUCAUGGAAGGCCUGAGUGAUGACUUCAUGGAGCCCCCUGGCCUGGUCCACGUCCACAUGCAGGGACAGGAAGCCCUCUUUUCUGAGAAUAUGCCCUUAAGAGAAGUUAUUGUUCACUUCAAGAAACAGUUGUCAGCAGGGACCCCAACAGUGGCAAAUGUGGGGACACCCUCCUGGACUCCUCAAGAUGCUUCUCUGCAAAGACGACAAGGAGAUGAAGAUACAGAAAAUGGUGGCAAUAUUUCUGUGAAAACUACUGAAGAAGAUGACAAUAUUACUUGUCAAAGCCAACAAACACCUUUCUUACUCAUUAUCCAGGGAGAGAACUGUCCUGGGCCUGAAGGUGGAGAUGCUCCUUUGGAGAAUCCACUCAGCUCCAGAAGAGCAAGUCUAGGCACCUCCAGGUCCCAGAAAGGGUCCCAGAAAGGACCCUCUUAUCAAGGUGUCCUCAAGGGAGUGGGACCAGCAUUUCCCUCCAGGCUGCAUCAAGUUGCCCCUGAGCCCAUACCUACCCACCAGAGCAAUGCUGGAAGCACCACCUGUGGGGGACACCAAGAAAGAUUCCACAGAGCCCAAAGAUCAUACCAGUGUAAGAAGUGUCCCAGGAUCUUUAGGUAUUCCUCUUGGUUAAAAGUCCAUCAGAGAAGACACAAUAAUGAGAGGACUUUUAUUUGUGCUGUGUGUGACAAAGGCUUUGUCCAGGCCUCAGACCUACACGUGCAUCAGAAGAUUCACGUGGGAGAGAAGGCUUUCAGGUGCAGCAUAUGUGCCAAGUCCUUCAGCCACAGAACCAACCUUCAGGCUCAUGAGAGAAUCCACACAGGAGAGAAGCCCUAUGUGUGUUCCGUGUGCCAGAGAUGCUUCCGCCAGUCAUCUACCUACCACCGCCACCUGAGGACACACCAGAGAACUGUCUUCAGAUGUGUUUCCUCCAUGCCCGAAGCUUCCUCCGGGUAA